UGUGUGUGUGUGAAUGAAUGGCAAAAGGUUUUUUUGUGCAUUGAAACGUUGAAGACGAACAAGACGAAGGGGGAAGCAAGUGUGUGUGUUUGUUUGUGUGUGUGGCGUGGGGACACUUGACGCUCGACUGGCUCUCCACUCCACUUGACUGGCUUGGCUGGUGGAGUUUGGUUGAGUGGCCGUUUGAGGAGAGGAGAGGAGGAGGCCACAAGUCGUGGCUAGCGACAGGUGCUGCUGCUGCUGGGUGCCUCUGUUGAUUGGUAGACACAAGUGACCAAACAAACAACGAGCAACAGCGUGGCAGCAUGUCUGUGCGCAACUUGUUCUCGUUGCGACGUGGGCAGCAGCAAAGUAAGCAGGAGGCACAGGCGCAGCUGCACUCGCCGCAGUCGCAACCAUCGCAGCACUCGUUCCAGGCAUCGAACCAACAGCAACGCUCCACCGCGACAACCAAUACGUCGAAUGUGCCCAAGUCGCCAACAGGGUUCUCCCGGCGCCGCUUCAGCUCCACGCUCCACGCCAAAUACAACCGCUUGGAGAUCCUGCUGGAGACUGGCGGGACAACGCUCGUCGAGUACGAUAAGCAAGCAACAGUGCAGGACAUUGUGGAGGCUGUCUGCUCGACGCUGACGUCUGGCGAUGGCGGUGAUGGCGACACGGAGAUCACCUCAUCCCCACCGCCACCACGCGGCCCUCCACUCACAGCGUACUUUGCACUCGCAGAGUCAAACCUCAACGAACCGUGCCGCCGUCGCCUGUAUCAGCCACACGCAAAGAUCUCCGCGCUGCUGCGCGCGGGCCACGACACGUUCUCGCUGCGCUGCGCAUUUGCGCCCAUUGCCCAUGCACACCGGCUCGCAGAAUUCGCUGCCGCCCACCCAAAAGCCUUUGACUACCUCUUCAGCCAGGUGCACGGGGUGUACAUGGUACACGGCGCUGCCGCGAUGAAGAUCGACUGCGGCGGAUAUGUGAUGGUCGACACUGACGCCAUGCUCGCCCUCAGCGCUCUCGCAAUCAGGAGUCGAAUCAUCAAGAUGAAAGGACAGGCGAACGUCACCAUCAAGGACAAGCUCCUCGUGACGUUUGACAAGGAGAUUGGACUGAGCACGUUCAUCCCAGAGGACCUCAUGGCGUCAUUCGAGUCCUCCGACAAGAAGUUGCGACGCGCCCUCCUCGCUGAACUCAAGAAGAUUUCAUCUUUGCCAAUCAAGGCAUGCCAGCUGCGCUUUAUCAGCCGGGUGGCACAGGCGUGCAGUGGGCACUUUGACAACUACCGCCUCCCCUGCUGUGUUGGCAGCACGGAUAUGGAGGCUAAUACCUUCCCAACGCACAUCAAGUUUGCUCCAAAGGACGCCCAGCAGGCCACUGAGCUGGUGCUUCAUUUCCAGGACGUAACGGCGCUGUCCCUGGCGACCAACAGCGACACAGCCCUCCUUCUCUGCUACAACACAGACGACGGCGUGUCAAGGGUGAGCCGGGUGUCGUUCCGUUAUCCAUGGCAGAUGGAGACGUUCACCGCCGCCGUCAACGGCUUUCUCCGCGUCGCCCACCCCGACCGCCACGUUCUGCCGCUGCUGCACGCGUUCGACCAUCACGAUACGGCCGUGCGCGGGGGUGCUGAUGUUGAGCCGAAUCGCAUCCGAUCGAUGCUCUCGCUCUACCGCACAGCGCCGGCAGACGUCGUCGUCAGCGUGCCAAUCAGCACUGAUCGGUACAGCAAGUCGUGCACGGGCACGUGGGGCGGCGGUGGCAGUCAUGAACAUCGCGAUGUCAUUCUUCGCGUCCUCAAUGACGACUCGUCUCACGACGACGAAGUCGCAUUCUGGCAGGAGGCCCUGCGCCUUGCUGAUCUGCUGCAUCCGCAACUGGAGCGGCUGCUUGCUGUUGUCGACCGCCUCCACGCGCCGAUGCUCGUCCUUGACGCCCCGCCAUUCGGGUCUCUCCCCGCCUUCAUGCGCAACCAGAAGCGCCCGCUGCCCUUCAAGAAACUUCUUCGCUUCUGCUGGCAGACGGCCUCAGCGCUCAGCUUCCUCGCAUCCCGCAGCUACGUGCACUGUGACAUUCGCGCGAAGAACGUCUCCGUCUACCGCCCGGACACCGUCAAGCUCUCGUCCUUUGGGUCUGCACGCUGCAUCGAUCAAGUGAUGAUUGUCAAUCGCGAUGACAUCUGCCUCGAUCGCGCCCCGCCAGAGACUGUCAACUUCCUGGUGUACAGUUUCAAGAGCGACGUGUAUAUGUUCGGGCUGUGCGCGUGGGAGAUUCUCAACCGCUGUCGUCAGCUCCCAAACUUCGACGCGACACACAAAGACGGCGUCCAACUCCCCACUCCAGCCGAGUGCACGGAUGACCACAUGCUGCUGCUGCGCGCGUGCUGGGCGCCGGACAGCGAACAGCGGCCCGACGCUGCCGACGUGUGCCGCUCCUUCCACGACCUCCACCUCGGCCGCUCAAUCGCACACGUGCACGCGCAGCCAUCCACAGGGUCGUCUCCAAAGAGCGCAGCCAAAGACAAUGAGUUUGUUCGCAGUGCGUCUGAGCCAUUAUUUGACUCCCGCCAACACAAGACCGCAGACACAACAGACACGAUAGCCGCAGCCGAAACAGCCACCACAACAGCCACGACAACCCAGCGGUCCAGCGACCAUCUGUUUGCGUUUGGUGGUGAUGAUGACUUUGCGCCCCGUGCCCAGACGACGACACCGAGCACAGCAGCAGCGCCGUGGCUGGAGGCCGUUGACCCCUGGGGUGAUGCUGCUGCUGCUGUCACAACACCCGAGCAACACAAAGACGAUGUGCCAAAGGCACCACACCACGACACCGACGACGACAACGGAGGUGGUGGAGAUGUUAGCGAUGGUGGUAGCGAUGUGCAUAAGGAGCCAGUUGCUGCAGAGCACCACGGCAACGAUGACCACGACGCCGUUUACGAUGGUGGCGAUGGUGGUGAUGGUGGUGAUUGUGGUCGCGCCACUGCGCGUGCGAGUGUGUUUGACAUGGCGCACUCGCACGCUGACGUGGUGCAGUCCCUGUCGCACAACGCGUCCAUGGAUGGCGAUGGAGAGGAGGCCGGUGCAGCCGUCGGCGACGAUGCUGAGGCGCGGUUCCUGUGGCAGGGCCUGAGCGAACUCUUGACGCAGAUGCAGCGCAGCACGCUGGGCGAUGAGGAGGGCGGUGAUGGCCUCAUGGCGGGCAUGCAUGGUGAUGAUGAUGAGGAUGAUGAUGAGGAUGAGGAGGAGACAUCCGGUGCGUCUGCAGAUGAAGAAGACGAAGUGGAUGGAGAUUCUGUGGAUGACGAAUACGUGAGCGUCGAAGAAGAAGAGGAAGAAGAAGAGGAAGAAGAGGGGGAGGAAGAGAUGGCUGGGGAAGCCGGUGGUGGUGACGUUGAGGAGGAGGAGGAGGAGGAGGAGGAGGAAGAGGGGGAGGACAUGCAUGGCGAGGAUGAAGAUGAAGACGAGGAUGUGAGUGGAAGCGGUGCUGAUACAACAGAUGACGAGGAGGAAGGCGCCUUGUUGGAUCUGCAUGACGAUCAACAGACACCAGACGCACCAACAGCACCAGCACCCACAACUGCAGCGCCAGCCGCAGCCGCAGCAGAGGACCAAGAGCGGGCGUCACGCCUGGAGCACCAUCGUCAGCGCCGCCGCCACCGCCACCGCCGCCGGCAAUCCCGCCGCCGUAGUCACCUCGCGGACAUCACAGAACACGACGAAGAUGAGGAAGAAGAGGAGGAGGAGGAGGAGGAGGAGGAAGGGCGUGGGCAGGAAGAGGAGGAGCAUGAGGCAGGGGCACGUGGGGAUGACGACGAUGGCGCUGUUGGUGGUGUUGGUGGUGGUGGGGAUGGGGAUGACGAGUUUGUUAGCGGCGAUGAGAGCGAUGAGGUCAGUGAUUACGACACGACCGACGCGGAGGAGGAGGACGAGGAGGAGGAGGUUGCUGGAGAAAAGGUGGCGGACGAGCGUGUUGAAGUGGCGGUGGAAGAAGGGCAGGAAGGACAAGAAGCAGAGGACGCUGAAGAGAAAGGACACAGCGUUGACGCGGAAGAGGAGGAAGAGGAAGAGGAGGAGGGAGUCAGUAAGAGGCAAGACCUUUCUCAAGAUGCGUCACGUGCUAUUGAAGAGCAGCAGCGUAUGGAUGGUGACGCUGAUGUCACACCAUCAGCAGCUGCCGUGGCUGUCGACACCGCGCCACCACUGAACGCUGGCGAAGAAGAGGAAGAGGAGGAGGAGGAAGAAGAGGAAGAGAACGCACUCAGCGCAGACGGCGGCACUGGAGAUGUGGUGCAGUCGGUGGAAGCCGUCACAGCUGCUGGAACUGCUGUGGAGGAGCACGUGUCAACUCGCACUGAUGAUGGCGAUGGUGAUGGUGAUGGCGAUGGUGAUGAUCACGCCCACGCCUAUGCCCACGAUGCCGACACAGCAGCAACCGGCCAGCAGGGUGAUGGUGUGGCGGCGGCUGAGGAAGGCAGUGCAGAGAUCGCCCGCGAACAGCACCAAGAAGAGAGCAUGAAGGAAGAAGAGGCAGAUGUGACAGCUCCUUCGCCAUCAGAUGAGACCACUGCUGCCACCGUUAAUGCUGCUGGUGAGAAGGAAGACGAGCAGCCAGCAGCAGAAGAACAAGUAGAACAAGAAGAGAGGGAUGGCGAUGUGGGGGACAACAAGCAAGAGCAGGUUGAAGAAUUCAGCGAAGAGGAUGAGGACGAAGACGAAACAGAGAAGGAAGAUGAAGUCACCAAUGAACAGCAGCAGCAGCAGCAGCAGCAGGUGGUGGUUGAUGUUGUGGUUGAUCGAAGCAGUGGCGAUGAUGCAGGUGAGAAGGCCGAGGGCACUGCAGCUGCUGUGGCUGCGGAACAAGAACAGCAGCAGCGAGAACAGGAGGAAGAACAAGCGGAAGAGAAGAUGGCUGUGCGUGAGAUUGUGAGCGAACUGGAUGAUGAAGAAGAGGAGGAGGAAGACCAAGAAGCAAAGGAGGCGGUGGAAUAUGGGCAACAACACAAUGGUGAUGACGAUGUUCUCAUGCUGGAUGCCAUCAAGCGCGAUGGGGACCGGUCACGGCUGACGGUGCCAACGCCACAGCGCAGCCCGCGCCUCCGAUCGGAGACGGAUGACGGGUACAUACCGUCGGGGGAACCAAGCGAGCGCGGCAGCACCGCACGCAACUCCCCCGAGGUCAUGAUGACAUCUGUUGGGACCGGUGGUGUUGGUGGUGUUGGCGAGGGGAGCAGGACAAGUGGUGAGGGCGAGAAGAAGACAAAGGCCAAGACGAAGACGAAGAAGAAGGUGAAGACCAAGACAAGGACAAAGUCAAAGUCAAAGACAGUGACGAAGAAGAAAGAAGACAGCACCAAGUCCACCCGAACCAGCAAAGCAGACGCUGCCAAGAGGAGCAGCAGCAGCAUGGGUGGGGCUGUUGGGGGGAGACGGGGUGCCAAGUUGUCAUCGUCAUCAGCAGCGUCACCCUCAUCAACCAGCCGGCAGCCGUCCAGGAAGGAGCGAACAGCAAAGAAGACGUCGGCGUCCUCUGUCUCCAGUGGUCCGCAACGAUCAACACAAUCCUCCGUUCGUGCGCGUGCAAGCACCAGCAGCACGCGCUCCAGCAAACGCCAUUCCCCAUCGACUACGACAACAAGAGCAACGGAAGCGGAGGCUGCCGAGCAUGCGCGGUUGAACCGUGAGCGCGUGCGUCGAGUGCAUCAGGGCGCACGCAAGGCGUCGUCGCGCGCGUUUGCAGCGCUUUCGUCAGAGACGACGACGUUGCAGUCUGGCGGGCUCGAGAACAGCGCGUUUCUUCGGCGGAAGCAGUAUGCAAUGCAGCUGGGCCAGCAGCAGCAUCAGCAGCAGCAGCAUCAGCAGCAGCAGCCAUCGUUGUCGUCACCAUCAUCAUCACAGCACCGUCGAUCACGGCGACGCAGGCAGCGCGCUGGUGGUGAUGACAUUGCAUCGGGGGACAGCAGCAACGCGAGCGCACGCAACAGCGACGCGGGUGCACAUGGUGGUGAGCACGCUGACAUGACGCCAGGCACACCGUCAACCGCGUCAACGACAGUCGCGUCAACGUCGUCAUCGUUCAAGCGCAAGAGCAGUCGCCGCCAUCGCCAUCGUCGCGCGGGCAGCAGCAAGCGCGCAAGCACGGAUGGGCUGCAAGGCGUGCCAGACACGUUUAGGGAGACGCUGUAUGUGUUUAUGAAGAGCAUCAUUGCGCUGAGCCACGAGUCGAGGGAGCAAUCGCGUAUUGGCUGUCUGCCGCUGCUGAAACGCGUCACCACCGAUUACGCACGGUUGAAGGCCCGCACGAAGCGCGACAUUCACCCACCACACGUCUCUGCGCUCAAGACGUCCGAGACAAACGCUCGCGUGCGCGCACUCGCAGACACAUUCAACGCCCUCUUGCGGAAUCUUCGCCCGAGUGUGAGCGAUGACGAGGUGGCAAACAGCAACUGGCGCAGGGAUGUGGCUGAGGCGUGUGAUUUGAUUGAAACGCAGUGUGUCCAGAUCAAAACGCUCCUAUCAUGAUCAUCAAAGUCUGGGUUUGAGUGUCGAUUUGGUUGCUUUUCAUCGACUUUGUUGUUUCCGUUGUUGUCGUCACUGCAAGACACAUCCACGCAUACUUUGCUUUCUCGCACUUUGCUUCAUAGUAGACACUUUGCUUAUUGGUUGUUGUUUUCGUCGUAGCGCUUGCGUUGUUCACUGUACACAUCCAUUUGAAAAUGAACAUGAAGACGUGGCAGUGAUGGA